UGGCUGCGAAGCGCUACGACGGCGACCUAAACGACGCCCUCCACCUCGCGAUGUGAACACACCCGCCCGCGACACUCUCGUCUGCGAUCCUUGCGCGACUCCUCGCAGCGGUAUAUCGAUACCCAACCCAAUGAGGAGAUGAGUCACAGUGAUCGAGCUACACAAAAGACUACAGCCUCGAUAAUGCAAGCGAUCGUCGUGUGAUUGAUAUAGAUACGUCAGAAAGCAGGAAGAGGAAAUCAGUCAUAGGGAUCAUUCGUAGAGAGAUUCCCUUUUCGUUCUUUUACGUUAUCAUUAUCAUCGGUGCCACCCUAUAUUUUCUUAUCGGUGAUUGCAAAAGUUCUUAAUUGUUUGAAGAUUAUUCAUGUAAAUAGAAAUAACAGACGAUCUCAUCCACGUGAUGAAAAAUCAGGACGAACGUUGUCUCGCAGAUUUCUUUUGAGACUCGAUCACUCGGAUCAAUUAUCAUGUCGGGUCUCUGAUCGAGCUGGUACAACACGGUGAUCGCGGUGUCGGGAUAUCGAAACGUGUGGACAGGGACAGGUGGAACGAUGUAAAAGAAAAGUGCGAGGUGACCCGAAUCCGUACAAAAUGGCAAAUCGAAAGGGUUGAUUCUCAGCAAGUGCGAUCUUGUCUCGCGCGUAUAAAACAGAACGUAACCAUUCCCACAAACAGACGAAGCUGCAUUCCCUCUAAUCUCGAUCGCGGUGAAAACAGUGGGCGAACUGUUUUCGAAAAAUUGUAUAUAAAUGCACGCACAGAAAGCGUGCAUUGUCAGCGCAUAUCUAUUCCUAAUCGAACGUUAAUCACUUUAAUUAAUAAGAUUCGCCACAUUUAGUGCUGCCUCUCGUUCUCAUCUUAUGGCGCCAGAGUGUGAACUAUAAACUGUUACGCAGACAGUCGAACUCUCUUGAAAUGCUUAUAUCAAUAUACAUCGCCAAAGCUUUGAGUGUCUCAAAUUAUAUUAAUCCAAGUUCCCUCGACGAUGAGGCAUAACGCUUUGAGCAGGAACGUGGACGAUCGAGGAUAAUCCUCGGAGUCGCGAUCGAUGAUCGAUGAUUAACUCGGACAUUGCAUGUAAUACGGCUGGGGGCUGCACGUCAAGACAAUUUCCUCUCAUGUCUAACUAGGAUAAUAAUUCGUCGCGUUGCAAGAAGCGCAGAAAGAGAGAAAGAGAGAGAAAAAAAGAGAGAAAGAGAGAGAGAGAGAGAAAGGAGGGAGAAAGAGUGCAUGUGAAUGUGCGCGCUCGUGCGUGUCUAUGCGCGAAGUGCAUAAAGCGACGAUGGGAUAUCGGUGAGAUCACGAGGUCACCGCAGAAUGCCUGAGCCGAGGGCAAAGCGCUGUAAACACUGUGACGAGUCUGGCCACAGGUUGGACAGCGGCUCCCCGUUUUGGAGGAUUCAACUUGACCAGGACCUUCUGGAUACCAUCAGCGCGAUCUAUCCGGAGUGGUUUAAGGAUUACACUAACAGUCGAGCAGCAUCGACGUCGUCCCCUAUAUCCGCAAGCGCUUCCGGCGCGCAAUCCUGCAACGACAGCACCGCCGUGGUCGUCGUCACCGGCGGUGAGCACAAGGUCGCCAAAAGCGACGCCAAGUCGAAGUCGAAAGCGAAAAAAGCGGACGGCCAUAAGGAUAAGGAUCGGGACAGGAAGGAUCCUAGGCGCGACGCCAAGGACGAGAGGGACGCUGGAAACGGUAAGAAAGGGACGAAGCCUUCGCCGCAGCAGGAUAAAGCAGCGGCGGACGCGACAGGAAGGAAGGCCGCGAGUGCUGUUCCAGGAUCGGAAUCGAAGAUGGCCGAGGGCAAUCAGUCGCCGCCGAAGGCGGAGGUCGACGAUUCACCCCUCCAGCACGCCAUGGAUCGCAAUAAGGAAUCGUUGAAGGUGAAGCUCAUGUUGAGGCGACCCAUCAAUCAGCUGGUUGCGCAAGGCAUCAUGCCACCGUUGAAGACGCCACCGGCGUUUCACGAGCAACGGAAGCAGCUGGAAAGGGCGAAGACAGGCGAUCUGCUGAAGGCAAAGAUCCAGCAGAGGCCAGGCAGAGACGAGCUGGUUCGGCAGCAUAUCCUUGAAGAUGUAGGUCACGUGGAUCCGAGUCUGGCGGAACGGCAGCGAAUGCUGAAGAAGGCCAGGCUAGCCGAUCAACUCAACGAUCAGCUCAGUCAUCGACCUGGGCCGCUCGAGCUCAUCCAAAAGAACAUCCUUCAUACUGAAGAGCCCAUCGAGAGGGCGGUCAAAGAGGGUCACAUUCCCUUCAAGGCCACCUGCGAGGGGCAGGUGACGAAACCCCAGCACCCGGACCACUACAUCACUUUCGAGGAUGACUCCCAGAGCUCGGAAGGUGCGCCUUCACCACAACUGGAGUCGCGAUCAUCGGAUGUUCUGGAAACUGCGGCCGCUUCUGCGGGCAUCGUCACAGUUUCCUUGAGCAUACCGUCGACCGGCGGUGCCGUUGUGGUCUCGUCGACGUCUCCCGUCUUCCAGCAAACGACUACUGAAUCGACAAUACAGACAUUCGCCGAACUUUGCAACACCGUUGUCGGAACGCAGCAGCAACAGGGUCAGCAGCAAGUUCCACACGGCCAGCAACACACGUCUACACAGGCGAGCCAAACGACGAAUGGCCCGUCGACGACCCUCCUACCAUUGGCGCCGGCGCCGAGUCCGAUGUCCUUGGGCUCGACAACGUCCAGCUUGAGUCCCCUAUCUAACAUCUCGAUAGCGUCACCCCCGGCACCGCCGCCGGCGGCGAUCACCCCGCGGCCCCAACCAAGCCCGAUAGCCGCCACCGCCGUCCCCACGUGCCAAAGGAGCGACGCCCCCGGGAAGGACAAGAACAGAAAGAAGUCGAAGACCAAGAGCCAACCCAAGACCCGCACGAUCAAGUUCCACGAGUAUAAAGGACCGCCAAACGCGCAGAAGGCACCAGUGUCGUCUAACACUUCCGGUCUCGGCGGCGCGCAACCCGGUGAGACCAGUUAUGAGCUACUUCUACAACAGCAACAGCUGUUCCUCCAAUGGCAGCUCGAGUGGCAGCAUAAGUAUCCUCAAAUCAUCUUGCCGGCCGCGCAGAAGCCGCUAUCGCUGACAAGUAGCGGCGCGAGCGAUGCUGGUAGCGUGAGCGGAAGUAGCGCGAACGCUGCCAGCCCGGCUCCGUCGAAUUCUUCGAACAAUCCUUCGGAACAGCCCCCACUGAGGCCUUUGGGCAAAUUAGAAGAUAUGAAAGUGAGCGACCUAAAGGUAGAAUUGAAACGACGGAAUCUGCCAGUGUCGGGCUCGAAGCCGCAAUUGAUCGAGCGAUUAAAGCCCUUCACAGAAUCCAGCAGCAACUCGAUCUCUAACUCUACUGGACCACACGUAACACACAUGGGUCAUAUCCUGAUGGACACACCUGGCCCGAUGGCAACGGAUGAUUCUAGCUCUCAGGUCAAGAGUCCGAGUUCUAUUGUGAAGGAUGAGCCGAGCAGCCCGCGAACGGCCUCGCCCCACAGUAGCGAGCACGACGACCCGUUGAGUCCACCAGUUCGUGUUUCAGGAGAUGAUAUCAUCAAGGUGCAGAGGAAACGGAUAGAGGAAUUACAGCGCGAGCUGUAUAAGUCGCAACAACAGCUUCAGCAGAUUCGUCAAACACAACCAACCACGGUGCGCGCCGAGAAACUGGCACUUCAGCAACAUAUACAAAAUAAAAUGCAACAACAACAAUUGGCUUUGCAUCUGCAGCAGCUUCAGCACUUACAACAACAGCAACAACUACAACACCAGCAGCAACAACAACAGAGCCAACAACAAACGCAACCACAACAAGCUACGAUUCAUCAAAUCAACGCGAAAGCGAGUCUUGCAGCUUUUCUGCAAGCGCAACCAAACAAUGCCACUGCUAUUCUUGAUUCUGCGACUCUGACCGCGAUUAACAACAAGAAGAAUCAGUCUAAGAACAGCACUACUGUCCAAAUACCUACGGCCAUCGUCUUAAAUUUGGCGAAGCCGACAAAGCUGAAUGGCUCACUUCUUGGUGCUCUCGUGGCGCAAGCGCAGGUUCAACAGCAGCAGCAACAACAAACAACUACUACUGAAGACAUCAAACCACCGCCACCGCAGUACGACGAAGCUGCUAAGUUGCUGAAGGUCAAAAUCGAACCAGUUCAAAAGAGUCACAUAAAAAGUCAAGUAGUUGACGACGUAUUGGAGAUUCUGAUCAAGAAUGGCGAACUACCACCAAGUGCCGCGCAAGAUCCAGCUACUCCCACGACUCCAAAUCGCCAGCUACAGCCAAAUCUGGUCUUCACCGCGCCGGCGGACAAUCCAACUCAAUCGUUAGUUUUUACGGCCGCCAGUCCAAUGAGUCCGAUUAGUCCGAUACCGAUGGAGGUAUCUCAGAGUGGUUGUCCGAGUCCAUCGACACCAGCACCACCGCCACCGCCACCAUUACCAUUAACCGCAUUCUCCAUUCAGUUACCUACUGCACUUCAACAGCUACAACAGCAGGAAGAGAUUACUGCCUUCGGCACGGAUCUUCUAACCUCCGAAGCGGAGCUAGACGCCACGAUGUUACUCAGUCCUCAAUCAGUGCAACAAGCUUCCCCAGAUCCUCAACCACCACAAGAAGUGACUCCCGAUAAUGCAAAUUUAGAUCUCAAAGAACUGGGAUUGGACUUGGAAACAUUGGAUCCAAUGGACUUCGUUCAACUGGAUUGCGACAUGCCGAUGGAUAUGGACGAUCCUGAUUGGUUGGAUUCCCUAAUGCCGCAAUCACCACCGCCUUCAGCUACAAUGCCAUCGUCCAACCAUCAGUCUAACACUCCAUCAAUCAGUCUCUCAUCUACAGAUAUCUAUGACCCAUUAUUAGGCAGCAGUCAGUACUCGUUUGAUCUCUUUAACAUGGAGGACUCUGACUUCAAGAUGUCGUCCGACUUAUCUCCAAUGACCUGGGAUAAGGUAGACUUUGCGACCUAGCCCGAGAUACUCUUUUACAAUCCGGCGUUAUGUACUUAAUUCUCGGCAGGUAAUCAAAAGUAUAAUUCGAGAUAGACAAAGAAAAGCGAACAAUGAUUGCGUUGCUUGAGGUCUGUACAAUGCAUUUUAUAUAAGCUAUUUCAUGACAUUCUUGUCUCUGAUGCAUCUUGUAACCGACAUUAUGUGUACUUAUACGCACGUCAAGACGAGAAAUGUUGAUUUUGAAAGUAUAACUACUUUAAAAAAUAGGUACAUAAUCGCGCGGAUCGUUAUCGUAAUUAAGAAUUAAGAACGAGAGAAGUUGUCGAAUUAUGGACCAGUGUUUGACACACGUGUCAUCUUUCGGUCUUCUUCAAUCAAUGAACACUAACGCACGUCAUUCUUUUGAUUGGUGGUCUAUCAGAAAAAUAUUUACAUAUAUAUAUAAUAUUUUUCUUCUUGGAACUAAAAUCUAAAAUAGCGAUAUGUGUGUGCAUGCCGUUCGUAUAUAAAAAAAGAAAAGGACCUAAAGUUUCAGGACCGAAAUCAACUUUCAAAAUUCUCCCAAAGAGUCAGCUUACGACAGGUUUUUUAAGCUAGUUUUUACUAUCCAGUCGUGUGUUGCUUGGGUUUUAAUAACUGCGAGAAAUAGCGUGUGUGUCAAAUCAAGGAGACGAGAAAACAUUGCGUAUAUGAUCCCUCGGAUAAUCCUCUGUUUCCAAAUGCCUGCCCCCCUCCCGCAAUCGUAAUUAAUCUUAACAUAACUUUGCAUAAUUAAACACUUACAGAAUCUAAUAUAACAAUAAUUAUUGUAAAGAUAUGCAUACAUACGCAUAUAAACAUACGUAUACACAUAUGUAAAAUAUACUUCUACGUGCGCCUGACGUCUACGAGUCGUGUAACGUUUGAAUACGCGAGUUCGGGGGCCUUCCAGCGCAGCUAUACAUAUUUUCUAAGCCACAGAGCAUGUGAUGUUAGGAAUUAUUGCGUAUUUUAAUCGAUAAUCAUAAUAGCAAUGAAAUCGUAGGAAUGGCUGCGUGCGCGAGCGAGCUACACAAUCGCUACCGGGAUCGGUUAUCACGGCGCGGUCCUUCGAUCUUUCCACCGCGACUAGUAAUCUUUUUGUUGUUUUGUGACAUUCCAUGUUUCCAAACUGUAUGAACAAGAGAGAUCGAAGCCAUGCGUGUCGCGAGCCGCAACCAUUACGCACAUCGCACCACGGGCGAUCGUAAUCGAAGGAUUCCGUCUCGGAACAUUAUGUAUCACACGAGAGUUGCUUUGUGGGUUAAAAAAAUGUUGUUCUGCCCUGUUCCGAGACGUUCCUCGGAGACCAAGCGGCUUCGGACUUUGACGUAACGACGAGGGACCGCGAUGUCGAUCUCGGUAACGAGAGCUUGUAUGUAUUUGCGUGCGUGCGUGCGUGCGUGCGUGUGUGGUGCGCGCGUGUGUGUGUGUUUGUGUGUGUGAAAGAGAGAGAGAGAGAGAGAGAGAGAGAGAGAGAGAGAGAGAUGUAUCUUAAAGAGCGUAUUGCUUGCCUGAUGAAAUGCAAGGAAAUCUUUAAUUGUGACAAAACAAAUGAUGAUAAAUCGUAUCUUUGAAUAAAAGUUACACAAAAUAUUUGUACUUUGAAUAGAUAUAUGAAAAAUAUCUGAAUAUUAUAUUUACUUUUAUUAAUUUUUGAAAUACUUGACUUUAUAUCUGAACUACUUUUUAUACAGGGUAUCUCGAAAUUCGUGGGUAAUAUUAUUGCAGCGUGAAACUUCAUGUUUAUGUCUCUAUGAAAUAAUAAGUAACGAAUAAGUAACAUUAAAGUUACAAUUUGAGAUUUCCUUAAGUUAGUACAUGUGGUACGUAUUAAUGUUUAUGGACAGCGAUGGUGCUAAUCGAAACCCCAAUACGCAGCGAUCGAUGAUUUUUCUAAAAAAGAAGUAAUAAAAUAAAAUAAAACGUCGCGGUUGUUUUGAUUCUUUUUUUUAAAGAAACACUUGUAAUGAUACCGCAACGUUCUGAAUUUUCCUCGCAACCAACGUGCCUCGAAGUGUUGUUUUUUCUUGCGAGCUUUUUAGUUCCACGCGGAACUAGCGUUACUUAAUACGAAUAAAGAGAGAAUGCCGUAUUUAAGUUGUUAGUUUUUUUGAAUGUGAGAAAAUUAGUGAGGUGUGUUCCCACAAUCUCAUUAGCGAAACACGGUACAUUGGUCCGCGAUCGUCAUUUCCUCUCCCGCAUUCACCAGAGAAAGAGCAAACGAAAAAAAUGCAACAUUCCAAACAUAUUCACGCUUCAUGGAGAAUUCUAAAGACCUCGAGGUACUGCCAUGUUCCGUGUACGUGAGAGCCCUGACAGAGGAAGCGAGGAGCGCGAUCGUGCGCCCGUAACGCAUCGCCGAAUCCGUUUGAAACACGCGCGGAAAUAAUUAAGCUGGAACUCAAUGCAUUUAAUUAAAGGAACCGGUUCGUCUUCCUGUCUUCUUCCCUCCCCUGCUCUAGUUCUCAGAGCCAGUUGCAGAAACAUUCUUUUUUUAUCGAAUAAUUACAGUAAGCGUUGAUUCUGUAAAUCUUAUGAAUUUCAUAAUUUACGGUAUUUAUCAUGUCAAGGGAAUCGAUCGCUUAUAAAUAUAUUUUGUAAGUUGCACAGCAUCCAAGGUACCGUUUUUUACUCGUAGCAAACGGCUCGCGAGGCAUCAAUCAAUUUGCAGCGUUAUUGUAGAUUUGUUGUAAAGGCUGCUUUUUUAAUCACGUUUUGCUAAUAUCUGCAUUUAAGAUAUCGCUACCAUAUUGCUUCCUGCCGUUGUCUUAGGCUUUUAGAAAUGAUAAAUGCGGCCUAUCAAACUCAUCUGUCACAAGAAACGGAACAUGGCAUCGGGGUGAGAAACGAAGGUGCCAAAAAGAAAAGUAUCCCUUGCUAUAAGCAUUAUGUAGAAAAUCGUCACACUCGUCACCAUCCGUUGCCUCAUGACAAUAAGGAUUUUAUUGUUCUCUUGUAAAAUACUGUAUAUAUAUAAAUGUGUAAAAUAUAACGGAAGAGAUUGUGUGUGUUUUGUAGUAGCGAGCUUGACAUAUAAUGAAUUUAUUUAGGGUAAUUAAAAGGCAAUAUUAAUUAAAAAGAUCAUAUCAUAAAACGCCGCAUCCCUAUCUUAUCGAACUCGCGUCGCAACUCGAGCCACCAUUCUUGGAAACGUUGCAAUCGCGAAAUUAUUUUAAGUUUGAGUCGUUCAUCAUGAUUCUGCCGAUGAUUGAUCGAUCUGUCAGGCUGUGCGAAUCUGGUAGUCUGUCGUGUGUGGUGCAUCUGCAGUGUAUGUGCGUAUCCGUAUGAGUAAUAAGUCUUUAUGACUCGCGAGUGCGAACAAGGACGGAGUAAAGGCAGCCAAGCAAGGUGUAAAGUAUGUAAACCGAUUGCAUCUAUACAUGUAUACAUAGCUUCGUCGAGUAUAUAACGAACCGCGCAGUUGCAUCGACAGAAAAAUGAUGCAGUAGCAUCGCACACACACACACACACACACACACACACACACACACACACACACACACACAAAACACAUGUACUCACAUAUACACAUAAAAACACACGAACACGUAUAUAUACACUUUGUAUGCGCAUUACGUGCGCACCCGCGCGUGAGGAGUGGUAUACAUAUAAGUUUUUUGUUAUUAAGUAUCAUUGAAUUUAUUGUAAUGAUAUACUCUUAAGUAACGAUCACGUAAUUAUUGCUAGAGAGAGUGUUAUUUAUUUUUAUUUGUUGCGAAUUUAUCGAUUGCCUUCCAUUUGAAUAAAAUAAAUAAAUAUAAAGUUA